AUGGCCAAACUAUUUCCGACAAAUCCAUCACAGGUGAUGGUAAUCCGCAACGUCACUCCGGAUGUGGUGACCAUGAGCCUCCCUUUUGCGCGAUUCGGCCGUCUCAAAUUCGGAGCGCGGGGGACAUUAGUCAGACUAGCCUCCGGAUCCGUCGCCGUGUUCUCCCCCGUGACAUUCACGCCAGAAGUACGGGAAGCGGUGGACUCACUGGGCGGGAAGCUCAAAUACAUCGCCGCGCCGGACAUGGAGCACCACCUGCACGUAACAUCGUGGAAAAAGGAGUAUCCGGAUGCUGAAAUCAUCGGACCCGAAGGACUCUGGGAGAAACGGCAGUCGAAUCCGGAAUUCAAAGACACGUCUUUCCACCACAUCUUCACCAAGGACACGAACAAUGCUCAGCAGAAGGUCACGGAGGAAUUCGACUCCGAGUUCGAGGCUGAAUAUGUGCACGGUCACGGCUCGAAGGAACUAGUGUUUCUACAUAAACGAUCGCGAACGCUCAUCGAGGCGGAUCUUCUCUUCAACCUGCCAGCCAGGGAACAGUAUUCACUGACGAACGAGGCGGCGGAUUCUGGAAUUCUUACGAAGAUGGUACACCCGUUUUUGUCGACUAGUGGGGAUGCGACAUGGCAGAAGCGGUUUGCUUGGUAUAUCCUUUCUGCGAGUAAUCGGAAGGCGUUCCGGGAGUCUAUGCAGAGGAUUGAUAAGUGGGAUUUCAAUCGCAUCAUUCCGUGUCAUGGAGAUGUGGUCGAGAGUGGUGGAAAGGGGGUAUUUCGCACUGUCAUGGAGUGGUUUUUGGGUUAUGAUAAGAAGGGACUAUAG